GCGAUUAAAAUAUAUUUGUCAUCAUCAUUAUUAUUCUGCCCGCUGUCAGCUAUUCUAAAAUUAGGCGUAAUGAGCGUGGAUGCUCUGGGAAGCCAAAUGAUGGACCCCGCGUUUUCCAAACGGAACACGGCGCUGAGAUUAGUUGACUUGGCAGGGGCUCGCCACCAUCACCAUCAUCACCACCGUACCCCUCAGAGCGUGACAGGCUUCCCGGGGCUCGACAGCCACGCACACUCAAUGGCUCACACGCACCCUGGGGAGAUGACUACAGAACCCUGCCUGGGGCUGAGUCCAUUCGGGCCAGAACACAUGGGGCACUCCGCGGCCCUCAAAAUCAGCCCAGCCCAUCAUUAUCCCCACCACCAUCACCACUACAACCAUCAUAUGGCAGGCCACAGUGAAGUGGUCUCCAGUCAAACGGGAGCGUUCGACCCGGUGCAGCCUCCGGCCGCCCAGUACCAAAAGCCCUACACGAGCCAGGCUCUGUCUGCAGGUAGGGAUCUCCUCUUUCGGAGAGACCUCACCGACCACACGGCCGGCUCCGCUUCUCACCACGGGAUGUUUGUCUCAACAACAGGUAGCUAUCCCGGACACUAUGGCCAUCAUCACCCCGACGCGGGAAACCAUCAUGCCCUCUUCCCUGGACUCCAUCACGACCAGGCGUCGAACGGAGCUCCAGGUGGCCAAGCACUGAAUGGACAGCUGCGCUUAGGGUUACCUGGAGAAAUGUACGUGAGGUCUGGCCACUUGAGUCAGGUGGCAGCCUCGAGGGCAGACCCGUUCGCCGCGUCGCCGUUGCACGGUUACGGCGGCAUCAACCUGAACAUGAGCGUGAGCGCGCACCACGGACCCGGCGCCUUCUUCCGCUACAUGAGGCAGCCCAUCAAGCAAGAACUGAUCUGCAAGUGGAUGGAGCCCGAGCAGAGCGCGAAGCGACUCUGCUCCAAGACCUACAGCACCAUGCACGAGCUGGUCACGCAUGUGACCGUGGAGCACGUCGGCGGACCGGAGCAGGCGAAUCACAUCUGCUUCUGGGAAGAGUGUCCGCGCGAAGGGAAGUCCUUCAAAGCCAAGUACAAACUUGUGAACCACAUCCGAGUGCACACGGGCGAGAAGCCCUUCCCGUGUCCCUUCCCGGGCUGCGGCAAAGUUUUUGCAAGAUCGGAAAACCUGAAGAUCCACAAAAGGACGCACACAGGUGAGAAGCCUUUUAAGUGCGAGUUUGAUGGCUGCGACAGACGUUUCGCGAACAGCAGCGACCGGAAGAAGCACUCACACGUGCACACGAGCGACAAGCCCUACAACUGUAAAGUGAGAGGGUGCGACAAGUCAUACACACACCCCAGCUCCCUGAGGAAACACAUGAAGGUCCACUGCAAGUCUCCACCCCCGAGUUCGGGCUACGAGUCCUCCACCACCUCUCUGGUCUCCCCCUCGUCGGACUUGGGUCGAGACCCGGCCCCCUCCUCGCACUCGGAGCCCCUCUCCUCUUCUCAGGCCACCAACUUGAGUGAGUGGUACGUCUGUCACAGCGCAGGAGCCGGGGGCAACCAAACGCCCCCCAGCAGCUCGUCUUCACCUGACCCCCCGGACGGCCCUCCUUACCGACACCCUGCGCCCAGAGAGGCCUUCUAGCGGAAGCAGCGGCCCACAGGAACCCCGCGACACAUCCGCAGAAAAUCCCGAGAACACAGUCACACCAUCCAUCAGAUUUAAUUUCCAACAUACGUAUGUAUUGCACUGCUCUACUACGUCAACAAUCAAGGAAAAAUGAAUGAACAUGCCUUAAUUAAGACAUAUUAUACAAUAUGCCUUAUAAUUUUCGCCCUGACUUAUGAUAAGCAUGUUUCUGAAUUUUAUGUACUUUCUUUU